CGUGCGCGUCGUUCAAUCCCAUAGCAACGCAACGCAAGAAGCCGGCUCGACAAAAUUUCCAAAUUAGGAAAUAAGAAUGGCUACAACUCGAAUAACUACUCAGUUACCGCCAAACAUAGACGUUACAAAGGCACCUUUAGCUUAUGGGGAUAGAGCUCUUCCAAAGUUGAAUCGUGAGCUGAAGGACCCAGAACUUAUUACAAGGCAGAGGGCGCUAAGGACAUUAUGUGACUGUCUUCAUGAUCCAGAAAAUAUCGCAGAAGCUCUCAAAGUUGGUGUAGCUGAGAGUUUGAAAGCACUUUUGAGUGAUCAGGAUGGAACAGUUAGGCAUAAGACAACAGAGGCAUUGUACAUCAUUUCAGGUCACAACAUUGGAAGAGAUGCCUUCAUUGAGUUUAGUAUUAUAUUCCCGCUCUCUAAGUUAUUUGAUGAUGAGCUUGAUAUUGUGAGAAGGAAUGCUCACAUGGCAAUGGAGAUGCUGACAGAGUUCUAUCCUGGAGCAGAGGGCGUGGUAGAAACUCAUCUUAUUCCAAUCCUGGUGGACAAACUCAAGAUUGAAGUAGAUGAAAUCAAGGAGUAUAUAUUGGACACACUACACUUUUGUAUGAGAUUAGAUCAGGUUCAGGCUCUGAUUGCUGGAGCUAUGGAGGUCUUCACAGAACUUCUCCUUCAUAACUCACCUAUCAUCAGAGCAAAGGCUGCAAGGGAUGUCAUGGACUUAAGUGUUCCUCUUGAUGGUAAAAGGAAAGCAUGCGAGUGUAAUAGCUUGCCAUCUCUUGUCACUCUUCUCUCUGAUGAUGAACCUGAUGUCAGAGCCAAGGCUGCUGGUGCCAUCAUGACAAUCACAAUCACUACCCAAGGCAAGUAUACCGCUAUCAAGGCUGGAGCCAUACCUGAGCUUGUGAAACUAGUGGAUGAUGAGAGUAGUGAAGUACGGCUCAAUGCCAUCACUGCCAUUACUACUCUAUCAGAAGCACCAGAGGGACGCAAAGAACUGCUUGAGGACGUCGACAGGAUCAAAAAGAGAACAGAGGAUGAGUCUGCAGCGGUAGUGAAAGCUGCAGAGAUAGCUGUCAGAGUUAUUACAUGGAAACCAUGAAGACCCCCAUCAAAGAAAUGAUAUUGAAUUCAUACUUCUUAAUUUUGUUGGGUUAAAAAUUUACUCAUAACAUUGAAAGUAUAUUGUUUUUCAUAUAUUGGGAAGUAUAUGAAGAAGAAUGUGUGUUUUUAAGGAAAUAUUUGAGAAACUUUUAUUAUUUUUCUUCUACAUGGCACUCAUAUUCGAAGAACAGAUUAACAUCCUACGAGGAUUGCUCUCAAAUUGAUUUUAAGCUUCAUCAUAUUAGACUGCAAUAUUUUAAUGAUGAAUUCAUGGAAUAUGGGUUUAUUAGGGAGCGAAUACACCACUUGUUUCAUUUUUCAUUCCAAAGUGUUCUUUGCUUUAAACAACAUAUAUUUUUGUGAUAUAUUUGUAUUUAUGCAUAUAUUUUUAAUGCAACAUAAUGUAAAUUAUUUGUAAAUAGUAUGUGUAUAUGAUGUAAAGAUAAAGUUAUAGAAAUACCUUUAAGUUUCAUUUCAUGUCAUGUUUAUCCAAAGACAGAACUCAUGAAAGUCAGAAUAUCGUAGCAACAAUAAUUAAAAUAUUCAAUCCAGUAAUCUGUACAAUUCAAAUCAACACAUUGCUUGGAUUUAGAAUUUUCCUUUUUUAGAAAUAUGAAUUCAAUUAAAUUAAAUCACCAAAGUACCCUUUUUAGAACCAUGUAUGACUUUUGAUUCAUGAAUCAUUAUUGUCAUGAUUAUAAUUGUCUUGCUUCAAUGAGCUAUUUGAAGAGAUUAUCAAUUCAUCUUGGAUGGUCUUGUUGAAAUACAAUAAAUCAACAUGAGAAUACACUGUA